GAACCGUCAGUCAGAAAGACAUCGCUUCUAGCUGCGCAGAACCCAUCUACAUAACCCGUCCUCACCCCCUCUUCCCUCCCCCAUCCAAGCUCUCCCUCUCCCCCAUUCGCCAUGGCCCCCCUCCGCACCGCCCUCAUCGGCCUCUCCGCCUCCGCAAAAGUAACCUGGGCCGCCGACGCGCACCUCGCAUACCUCCUCUCCCCCCGUGGGCGUCAACACUUCUCGCUCACCGCGCUGCUAAACUCCAGCGUCAGCGCCGCGGAAGCCGCAAAGCGCGAGUUCCAGCUCCCAGAACGCGUCAAGACGUACGGCGAUCCCGCCGCGCUCGCAGCGGAUUCUGAUGUCGACCUCGUGGUGUGCUGCACGCGCGUCGACGUGCACUUCCCAACCAUUGCGCCGGCGCUGCGCGCGGGCAAGGGCGUUUACGUCGAGUGGCCGGUGGCGGAGAAUCUGGCGAGGGCGCUGGAACUCACCCAGGGGGUCGGGGUACCGAAUAGCGUUGUUGGGCUGCAGGGCCGCGUGAUGCCGGUCGCGCUGCGCCUAAAGGAGAUCCUAGCCGCGGGGACUAUCGGCGCGGUGCUUAGUAGCGACGUCAAGGCGUUUGGGAAUCUGCUUGCGCGCGAUGGGCUGCCGGAGGGGUUGACGUAUUUCGCAGACCGCAGGGUGGGCGGGCAUCCGGUGAAUAUUUCGUGGGGCCAUACGAUUGACUACGUCCAUGAGGUGCUGGGAGAAUUUGAAGACUUUAGAGCGCGGAUGCAGAUCCAGCGGCCGCAGCUGAAAGUGUUCGACGCGGAGGGGCGGGAGAAGGGGAUGGUGAAGUCUGAUGUACCGGAUCUGCUCGCUCUGCAUGGGACGCUGAAGAAGAGUGAGGGGAGGAUCAGGGUUGUUGACGGGGCAGUGCUGUCCGCGACUUUCCGCCUCGGACCGCCGUUUAAGGGUGAGCCGGGGUUUGUCUGGACGAUUAAUGGCGAGAAGGGCGAACUUUUGAUUACGGCUCCGGGGCCUUAUAUCUUCUCGGGGGAUUCGUAUAAUGGCCCAGUUAGCAUCAAGCUGCAUGAUCAUUUGACGCACCAGGUUAGGGAGCUGGGAUGGGAGUGGCAGGACUGGCAGAAAGAGCUGCCGAUCCGAGCGCGUAUUACGGGGGAGGUGUAUGAGCGGUAUGCGGAAUGGGUGGAAAAUGGGAUGGGGGAGGUGAAGGAAGGGCGGGAGUGGCCGAGGUUGGGGGAUGGGUUGGAGAGGAUGAGGGAGUUUGAGAGGUUGUAUGGGGAUUUUGAUCCGAAUUGGAAAUAGACGUUUCGUCGUGCUAGCUUUAGUCGCUUCUGACCGCGAAGGCUCUGUGGCUAGACGACGGGUAUGCACCCUCAACCACGCUAGCCCAUGAGUGCUUCCCAUCGUACAUGCCUACCGCCAUAUAACUUUCCAACGGCCCAGGCACGCAAG